AUGAGCAAAACAUCUACGAUCAUUACUAAUCUGACUGCUGGUGUCCAAUAUACAAUAACUGUUACUGCAGUGGCAGAUGAUGGUCACAUUGAAGGACAGAGUACUAUUGUAUCUCCGUACACAAAGCCUGAUGUAGUCAGAAAUCUCAGUGUCAGUGAAAUCACAACAUCCUCUGUGUCUCUGACCUGGACUAAACCUGAAGGAAACAGCCCCUUCUAUAGAGUACAGUGGACUGCUGGGACAGACAACUGGGGUGUUACUGUCAAUGAAACAAAAAUGAAUGUCACCUCACUGACUGCUGGAGUGCAGUACACUUUUACCAUCAUUGCAGUGGCUGGAGAUAAUGAAACAGUAGGAGAGGCAAAGACAGUUUCACAGUAUACAAAGCCUGAUGUAGUCAGAAAUCUCAGUGUCAGUGAAAUCACAACAUCCUCUGUGUCUCUGACCUGGACUAAACCUGAAGGAAACAGCCCCUUCUAUAGAGUACAGUGGACUGCUGGGACAGACAACUGGGGUGUUACUGUCAAUGAAACAAAAAUGAAUGUCACCUCACUGACUGCUGGAGUGCAGUACACUUUUACCAUCAUUGCAGUGGCUGGAGAUAAUGAAACAGUAGGAGAGGCAAAGACAGUUUCAAAGUAUACAAAACCUGAAGUAGUCAAAAGUCUCAGUGUCAGUGAAAUCACAACAUCCUCUGUGUCUCUGACAUGGACUAAACCUGAAGGAAACAGCACCUACUAUAGAGUACAGUGGACUGCUGGGACAGACAACUGGGGUGUUACUGUCAGUGAAACAGAAAUAAAUGUCACCUCACUAACUGCUGGAGUGCAGUACACUUUUAACAUCACUGCAGUGGCUGGAGAUAAUGAAACAGUAGGAGACACAGAGACAAGCCUGAUGUAG